UAUUGGAUAUACAUGUGCCACAUAAGGCAAUUGCCACGUUAGCACUAGCUUUAGAGAUAAGCUACUUUUAAUAUGUGGUAUAAAUAGGCUUUAUAUUCUUUCAUUUGUGGUUGAGUCGGUUCUAUGUGUAAAAACAGAAUAUCAGAGAAAUACAAUUCAACUUUCUUUCUUCCUCUACAAGAUUACUAGGGUUUAUUUUUCUCAUAGAUUCUUCAGCUCAUACAAGAAUGUUAAGAUGGUAUCCAGAGCCAAAUAUGCUUGCGCGAUUGAUUCUGGUUGUGUUCUUUCCGCUGCUCAGUGAGAUUUUCUUGAUUCUUUCUCUCGAUUUAGGAUUUCUGUUGUGAAGAAAAUUUGGGAUUUUUUUUCGGAUUUCUUGGAUUCAUUUGUGUUAAAGGCCGAUGCCUCGAUGAAUCAUCACAUAUUGUGUUUUUAGUUGAAGAUUUGAUUGUUUUCUUGAAGGCCGAUGCCAAUUAAUUUCAUAUUGGUUGAUGAACUAAGGUCGAUAACCAAUUGUUCAUCAAGAUUGUAGAUUCUUGUUGUUACCUUCUGGGUUUUGGAAGACGAUUUCUCUGGGUUUUUUUGUUCAUAUUUCUGUGUGGUGUUCAUUUCUACUCAUGCAUGAUGACUGACUCGGUUAAACUUGAAAAUCUGUUGGGAAUGUUGACUAUUAAGUUGAAUGAUGACAAUUUUAUCAAGUGGAACUUUCAAUUCUGUUCUGUUCUUCGUGGGUAUGAUUUGUUUGAUCAUUUUACUGGUGAAUCAGUUUGUCCUCCCAAAUUUCUUAUUACUUCUGAAUUGGGGGUUACCAAUGAAAUUAGUACUGCCUAUAAAGCUUGGGUUAAAACUGAUAUGGCUCUUUUGAGUCUUCUUAUUGCUACUUUGAGUGAUGAUGCCAUGGAAUAUGUUGUUGGUUGUAAAACUACUCAUGAAGCUUGGACUGCUUUACAAGAUAGAUAUAUGUUUGUCUCGAGUGCUACUGUGAAUCAUUUGAAAGCUGAGUUACACACUAUUCAGAAAGGCAGUGAUAAUGUUGAUAAGUUUUUGUUGAGGUUGAAGACAAUUAAAGACAAACUUAUUGCAGCUGGUGAAAAGAUUACAGACAAUGAUUUGGUUAUUGCUGCAUUGACUGGUUUACCUGCUGACUUUGAUACGAUCAGAACUGUGGUAUUGGCUAGAGAUACACCUAUCUCGUUGAAAGAAUUCAGGGCUUUACUCUUAAGGGCUGAAAAGAUUAUAGAAGCUAGGAUGCAGUCUCUUGUUCACAGCAUGGCAGCUAUGUAUGGUAAUGGUUCUGUUUUAUUUUCUUCUGGUGGUAAUUCUGCUUAUCAACCAGUUUUACAUGCAUCCAGUUCUUCUACUGGUUCUGAUUCUACGGUGUCAGUUUCUUCCAAUGUUGGCUUUGGUCUUGUUGCUCCUGAUUACUCUAAUUCAGGUGGCUCAACUUCUCAGACUUGUCAGCCGUUUCCUCCUCCUAGUGCCAAUGUUUUUAAUGGGCCUAGAAAUAAUUUUGGUAAUCAGGGACCUAGACCUUUUGGUCAUAAUACUGGCCAUACUUCUUUUGGCAAUACCUAUGGUACUCAGUCUAAUCAUAGUGGUUCUAAUUCUUCUGGUUCUCACUAUGGCAAUUCAUUUGGAGGUAAUGGUUACAAAGGCAAAGGGAACGGUGGCUAUCGACCUAAGUUCAAUGGUACUCGCUCUGCUAAUUACUGGUCUGGUAACACUACAACUAGACAUAAUGUAGUUCCUGAAUGUCAGAUUUGUUCAAGGAAAGGACAUACGGCAGUGACUUGUCUGUACAGAAAUGAAACUCCUCCGGUUGUGCAAGAAUGUCAGAUUUGUGGUAAGAGGGGCCAUAUUGCAGUUGAUUGUAGACACAGGGGUAACUAUGCUUACCAAGGGGCUCCCCCUCCUCCUUCACUCAGUGCCAACUAUGCUUUUCAAGAUUAUUCUUCUCAGUUCCAGUAUCUUGUUGUUCCAUCUCUAGUUCAGUUUCCUGACCUUUCUGGUUAUCAAGGGGUUCCUUUCACUACUCCACAAGUUCCUCCAGAUUUUCAAGCUUCUGUAAAUCAAGGCCAGUCUUCUCUUAUUUUAUCUAGUUCUCAAGAUCAUGAUGUUUCAUCUAAUAUCACUGCCUUGAAUGCACACACUUCUUCUGGUGAUGGUUCUUGGAUUCUUGACACUGGUGCCUCACAUCACAUGAGUCCCAAUGUCAAUCUGUUAAAUACAACUAUUCCUUAUACUGGAGAUAAACGCAUUAUUGUUGGCAAUGGACAAAGCAACGGGGCUGAUUCUUUACCAAGGAAAGAGUAACAAUCGUGAGCUCUUUCGCAUUCCUGUCCAUAUUUUUCCCAAGGUGUUGACUCAAGGUACUUCUUCCUGUUCUGCAUUUGUUGGCAAAGCAGUAAAGUCAUCUUUGUGGCAUCACAGACUUGGACAUCCUUCUAAUGAUGUCUUGACAG